AUGGACACCACCCUGGCCACGAGUAACACCACGGCUCCGACAAACGGUCCGACCCUGCAAGCUCCCAACAGCGGUCACUUCGCUUCGAGUGCUCAGACCAUCGGCGUCGGGUGGGCUAUCAUCGCUGCUGUCGUCCUGGGUGUCAUCGUCAUCCCAGGACUCAUCUUCGGUGUGAUCGGCCUCCUGAACAAUCUCCGACGGCGUGCCCGCACUCACGCCGUAAUGGCCCAACAGGAUAUCUAUACGGCUCGCCGCACGCAUUUCUCGCGACGUAGAGCCGCCAUAUUCGCCGAGACUGCUAGACAAGGCGCAGAGGCAGAUGUCGAGCGGGGUGUCGAUGGCCAGAGCCGUGAUGGUUUGCCUCGUUACGACAGUAUGGUUCACGGCUAUGAACUGGCGGUCUUGCAGCGCCAGCACUUUCCAGCAAGGACGCUAGGGCCUGCAUCCGCUGGCAAGACGCCGACGACGCCUCCGGUACCCGAGGCGACCCGACCGGUUUGGUAUGGAGGUAGCUGGCGGACGCAAGCAGGCUUUUCCAGCGAGGACGAUGCCGGAACUUCACAGAGGAAGUAUUCUAUUUGA